AUGGGGAUUAGGAGAUAUUUUAUUUGCAUAAUAUUUGUUGUACAGUACCCGGCUAAUGCCUCAGAUAAUGAAGGCGAACCGUUCUACGACGCGGGAGGGAACUACUACGACUUCCACCCCAGCAGCGAGAACCUAGAGCGACUCAACAUCGACGGUUCCAUGCGCGCGCUGGGGGAGGAUAGCAUCGGUCAGAUGAGACCCAUCGACCUCCACGUCUCGGAGAGUCCACUCUCCAUCCCCCCUCACCACUACUACGAUGACAACAUCCGGCGGGACGAUGUCCCGGAUGUGAAAUACCUAGACGAGAACGAGGCUACAAAGGAUGGCGUCCUUCACGACAACGAAUUUUACAAGCGCGAUAACCUGGAUUCUUUAUCAGACAGAGAAAAGUCCACGGGAGCUAACCGGUUGUACCACACGAGGUACAGCAACAACGGGACGGGGUCUCCGCACAACUUCACUCACCACAGCACACACGGCUACAACGGUACAACACACGACUUGGGUCAGGUCAACAGCAGCUCGUGUGACGCUGUGACUCAUUCGGGAUGUGAUGUCAUUCACUACGAGCGAUGUGACGCCAAGCUGAGAGUCUGUCGAUGCUUGAACGGAUAUCUGAGAGAACACGGCAUUGUGGGAUUAGGGGGGUGUAAAGCUGCCAGUUUUUACCAUGGCCACCUGACAGUUCGAGCUUCGGGGGUCGAACAGAGCUACACCCCACAGCAGCUUCAGCCAAUCAAACACAAGCUCAUGACGCUGAUCCAGCUGACUUUCAAGAAACAGGACAUUCAAGGGGUGCUGGGCCUUGACAUCGACUCCAUAGAAAAACAAGACCAGCGCAUGACGCUCUCCUUCGAGCUGGGGAUGGACAAAGCCUUGACUUCCGGUAUUGGUGAGAUCCAACACGUCCUGAGCCAAGAGUUGUUGGUGACGUCAGACGGAGAACUUCUGCUGGAUCCCACCGUAAGGGAGAACACUGGCAAUGAAACUGAAUUGUCAAGCUUAUUCUCUCCCUUGGUUGAGGUAAAUCCUUGCAUCAACAGUGAGCACAAUUAUUGUGGCACACAUGCCAUUUGUAAAUACACCAAUGACGUCAUGUCAUGUCACUGUCAGAAAGGUUACGAUGACCCAAGUCCAAACUUGUACAGACUACCUGGAGAAAUGUGUAUAGAAAAAUGUUCUUGUCAGAACGGAGGUUUGUGUAUUGAUGACGACGUACUGGCUGGUACUAAACAAUGCAGCUGCUUGAAGUGGUACUUUGGGUCUCAGUGUCAAAUUGAUGGGAAAGAGGUGCUGGUGAUCUGUAGCAGCAGUGUUGGGAGUUUGAUCUUCCUGGGCUCUCUGCUGUGUUGCUGUUGUUACUGCUGCAGUAAACACAAAAACAACAAUGUCAGAUCAAGGAUGCUACAUUUUUCACCUGACAUCAGCAUCCUAAAGCUGCCGAGAGUGUGGAUGGACACGACGACGAGUUUCCAUGAGAAUGAUAUUUCACCUGAAAACAAUCGGAGAAUGAGUAUAGCAUCUGAGAGCAACCCGUAUUUUGACGGAUAUAUUCUAGAGGAUAUUCCACUGAGCACACUUCCCAGACAUGUUGAGCCACACACACAAUAUUAUCAGGCAACAUUAGGACACCACCCAGCCACGAUGUCAACACAUUCCUUCUACAGAUAUUGACACAACCCAAAGACCAUUUUAAUAUUCUACGGAUAUUGACAGCAGCCAGACACCAUGUCAAGAUUCUACAGAUAUUGACAUGUUAACAUUCUAUGGAAAUUGAAACCAUAUCAACAUUCUUUAGAUAUUAACACCAUGUCAAGAUUCUACAGAUAUUGAGACCAUGUCAACAGUGAUUGACACCAUGUCAAGAUUCUACAAACAUUAACACCAUGUCAAGAUUCCACAGUUAUUGCACCAUGUCAAGAUUCUACAAACAUUGACACCAUGUCAAGAUUCUACAGAUAUAGAGACAACAAGUCGCCUAUUCACAUUAUUCCAUCACUUGUACAUUCUUGGCGCCUGUCCACCACAAACUUGUUGAAUAUUUGUAUCAUAGUCCUAAGUUAUUAGAAUGGACACCCAUCAGCCCACAUCACAUGUUGAAUACUUGUAUCAUAGUCUUAAGUUAUUAGAAUGGAUGAGUUUACUCUGUUAGUGUGCUAACAUCGUCUAGCUAAUUAUUCUACAUGUUCAAUCCAGCAGUAUUAACUUUUCAGACGAAUUCAUUCUAAAUACCCCCCCCCCCUCAAACUGGCAAAGUUAAUUUAUACUUUUGAAAAUUGAGCUGCCUUACUCAAUUAUAGAUUUUAUUGUAAUCAUUCUUGUGGAUCAAUUGUGAUGCUCCAUUAUAAAUAUGUACGCUAGUGU